GCGCGGCCCAGUUAUUGUCUUCCUCCUUCCCCGAUCCUUCUCCUGCUCCAGCUCCUCCUCCUCUCUCAUCCAUCUCUGUCACGCACUCACACCGAGGCUAGGGUUCCGAUCCGCAUCUCGCCGCCGUCGCCAUGGACGACUUCUUCGACGAGGACGGCGAGCAGCUCAUGGACCCCGACGCCCGCUCCCCCUCGCCCGAGCGGCAGGCGCAGCCCUACGACGGCCUCGAGGACGACCUCAACGACGACGGCGCCGACUGGAACCGCGGCCGCUCCCCGACCCCCGUGCACGGCGGCGACUCCUCCAGGCCCCGGAAGCGCCUCCUCAAGAAGGGCGGGGGCGGGAAGGGCGACGGCGGCGGCGUGCCCGCCGACGACCUGGAGGACUGGGGCGAGGGCGCGGCGGCGGGGCUGGCCGACGACGACGUGGGCGGGGACCCCGACGCCGACGCCGCCAGGAAGAGGAAGGGCUCCUCGAGCCUCCGGGACCUCGCGAGGGGCGGCGGCGGCAAGGACAAGCACGAGAAGAAGAGGAGGAAGGAGGACGUGGGCAUGGCGAGGGAGAAGCGGGGGUCGUCUUCCGGCGGCAAGGGCUCCGGCGGUGGCCAUGGUGGUGGGGAUAGGGGUGAGGAUCAGGAUGAAGAAGGGGAAAAAGAGAUCCAGGAGCUCUGGAAUACCAUCGCCGGGGAUGGCUCGGAGGAUGAUGAAGAAGGUGUUAGAACCUUAGAUGACGAUAAUUUCAUCGAUGAUACUGGGGUUGACCCAGCUGACCGUUAUGACAAUGAUAAUGAUGGCCACUCUCCUCGACGUUUUGCACAGGCAGAGGAAGCUGAAGAGGACGACGAAAUUGAGCGGCUCUUUAAGGGUGGUAAGAAAAAGAAGAAGAAUGACCGACCACGUGCAGAUAUUGGUCUUAUCGUUGAACAGUUCAUUGCUGAGUUUGAAGUAGCCUCCGAAGAAGAUGCAAACCUAAAUAGACAACAUAAACCAGCCAUUAACAAACUCAUGAAGCUUCCACUCCUCAUAGAAGUUCUCUCAAAGAAGAAUCUCCAGCAGGAAUUCCUUGAUCAUGGGAUACUCACUCUUCUGAAAAACUGGCUUGAGCCUCUACCUGAUGGGAGCAUGCCCAAUAUGAAUAUUCGAUCUGCUGUACUGAAGUUACUAUCUGAUUUCCCGAUUGAUCUCGAGCAAUUCGACAGAAGAGAGCAGCUCAAGAAAAGUGGCUUGGGAAAGGUUAUUAUGUUUUUGUCAAAAUCUGACGAGGAGACUACUUCCAACAGAAAAUUAGCCAAGGAAUUGGUUGAUAAAUGGAGUCGACCAAUAUUCCAAAAGAGCACAAGAUUUGAGGACAUGAAGAGAUAUCAGGAGGACGAAGAAGCCCCCCCUUACAGGAGGCCUCAGAUGAAAAAGCCUUCGUCAAGUAGGUCUGGAAUGGAACCCCGAGACGAUGAUCUUGAUGCUGACUUCUCUCAGCGCAAGUCCGGGCAAAGUGGUUCUAGGCAGCAUGCUUCUAGGCCAGAAGCAUCACCUCUGGACUUUGUCAUUCGUCCACAUUCCAAAAUUGAUCCCGACCAGAUACGGGCUCGUGCUAAGCAACAAGUUCAAGACCAGCGUCGGCUGAAGAUGAACAAGAAACUGCAGCAGCUGAAAGCGCCAAAGAAGAAAAACCUUCAGGCUUCAAAGCUUAGUGUCGAAGGCCGUGGGAUGGUCAAGUACUUGUAAGCUAGACACCCCGACAGCCUUGCAAUGGACAUGAUGGCGUGCGCUCAGCAGCGUGCUGCUGAAGCAGUAUCAAGCACUCUUCCACCAUGGCCAUCGGAGGGCAACAAGAUCGGUGGAAAUGGAAUUUCUUGGCUAAUGUAGAUUAGCCUGGCAGGGUACAUUGGGCGAGCUUCCGAAAACUUGGUGAUUUGGGUUAUUUACCAGAUGCUCAUAUAUAAUACCGUUAUUGUGGACGAUGACAGCAUGGUGCCUUUUACUGUACAAAUGUUUGUCAUGUUUGAGAAGGGCGCCUGAUUGGGCUGUAAGUUUUAAGUUUGACUGGCUUUUCAUACAUCUCUACUUGUAUUGGAAGGGCCUGAUGCAAUUUAAUCGAAACAUGGCGCAAUAAACAGAUUAACUGUGCUUGAA